GGGAAAGCAUGCCUUGCCUUUAAUACCAACAUCCACAAUGCAGACGUCGGAAGCUAUGAACCAGGACCACCCUCAAAAGGAUGACAAUAACAAUAACAGUGAAGCCCGACCAGGCACCCCGCCUUGUCCGCCUUACUCUCCCGUCACUCCAGUGCUCUCCCAGCUAGCCCCAGUGCCAGGCUUGACCCCCAUUGUUCCUCCUCCUCCUCCUGGUCCAACUCCGGAUGCAGACACGAAUUUGGAUUCAUAUACAUCUCCUUCGCCCACUUCUCAAUAUUACCCUCCUCACUCUCAGCCAUCAUCUACUAUCUUCAUGCCGCAGCCAGCUCCAGUUCCGAUCUCGGAGAGCGAGAAUCCAGAUGCGAUCGCGUUGAGAUCUACUCUCUCCAUUCUCCAGUUGCAGAAGCAGCAGAGUAUUCGGGAUAUUCAGAAGCUAGACAGGAUGAAGGAGGCCGCUGCUGCGGAUCCGGAGGGGUUUGCCAAGGAACUUGCGGCGGGAAAUCUGACUGCAAAGGAGAAGGGCGGCUUUAUUGAGUUUUCAGAUGAAGGGGAUGAUAGUGUCGAAGACAAGGCGUCGGGAGAGAGUGAGAGACAAUCGCGAUUUGGCAAGAUACCGAACCCCCAGAACGUGGUGCGGAUGCCACCAGUCAACUGGGCCAAGUAUCAGAUUGUGGGUGAAUCUUUGGACAAGAUACACGAUGAGCAGUUGCGUCGUCCUGCUCUUGGGGAGCCUAGGCACGAAGGACCCUCUCAGAGAGCACCGGAACAUCUGCUGGCUUCUCCCUAUCGACCGCUGGUGGACAAGCUGGUGACUCCCGUCAAAGGCAAGAGCACUAACAAAGGCAGGAAGGCAUGAAUACGCUGCUUCAGACGAUGUUUACAAGUUUCCUUCUAAGAUUAAAGCGCGCAGAAAAUUCAUUCCUUGUACUCGGUCUAGGAACACAGCAGAAGACACGAAGAUAUCUUGCAGCCUUUGCGCUUCGAUAAGGAUUAUGAGAGCCAGUUCCCCAAAUCUGAAGUCAACAGCGGCCAUCAGAGCACCAUACUGUGCAGUUUAUAUGAAGCCACCUUCACCCGUUCUUCGAUAAUUUCCUUGGAUUCCCCUGAUGGGUCUUCAUUGCUGAGAGUGUUUAUCGCUUUUAUCCUGGCCCUUAUAUUAUGGGCGGCAUUCUUCCCCCCAAGCAUUCUUUCCCUUGCCUUCUUGCUAAUCUCAUGGGCCAUUAUCCAAGCUUGUGCCUUGACACAAUCCGGUUUCGUCUGCUGGAGGAAGUUGGAGAUGGUAUCUCCUGGGAGAGGCGGUGCUCUGACUUGCCUGAGAGGACGGCCUGGCCGUUUAAAGGGGCCCUGGAUAUUGCGUGCUUGAGGAUCUAAUCGCGAGCUCGUUUUUUUCGAGGGUCUUCAUUUACCUUUUUCUGAUCCAACAGCUUUCGUCGUUGCUUAAUGAAAGCUUAAUUGGUUUGGAUGAUGAGAGAUCCUCAAUGAAGGCAUACGUACUGAUGCGUCUGAUAUAUCCGGUGUUUUCUGAGGGAGGGUGCAAGUUAGGUUUCUCUUGGGGAUCGAGAUCUGGUGAAGCAUGAACAUUGUGGGUACCCUUCUAGAGGGGAGGAUCCAGUCGCGCGUAGUUUGUUAUUUGACUCUCUCGAGGAAUGAAAUUCACUCCUUCCAAUUCCC